AUGAAGAAAGUUAUGAUGAAAAAUAUUCUAAAGUGGCUUAAUGCUGGAGUGAUUUACCCCAUUUCUAAUAGUUCUUUGGUGAGUCCCAUCCAAUGUGUGCCAACGAAAGGAGGCACGACCGUGGUGACAAGUGAAGACAAGGAUCUGUUACCAACACGUACUGUCACCGGCUGGCGAAUAUGCAUGGACUACUGCAAACUUAAGAAGGCCACCAAGAAGUAUCGCUUCCAUUUACCGUUCAUCGAUCAAAUGCUGAAUCCACUUACAAGCAAGGCAUAUUACUGUUUCUUAGACAGAUACUCGGGGUAUAAUCAAAUUGCCAUCGCACUAAGAGAAGACAAUGUUCAUGUGUCCCUACGGCACUUAUGA